CUACGUAAAGCAUCCCCCAGGGUAGAUAAACGAAAAAUAACUGGCCAUGUUUUACAGGCUCGCCGCUGCGCUGAGUCUCCUGGUGAACUCAGUGGCCGGAGAUGUUAAUUUCACCUAUAAUGGGUUUCGGUCGGCGAAUUUGAGCCUCGAUGGUCUAGCAGAGGUCACUUCCAAUGGACUCUUGAAGCUUACCAAUAAUACACGGCAGCAACAGGGUCACGCUUUCUAUUCCUCCCCAGUUAAGCUCAAGAACUCCACAAACGGCACCGCUUUCUCCUUCACGACCACCUUCGUCUUCGCAAUACUCCCGCAAUACCCCACCCUCGGCGGUCACGGCAUGGCUUUUGUAAUUUCACCAAGCAGAGGCCGCCCGGAUGCUAUGGCGAUGCGAUACCUCGGCCUAUUCAACGAGAGCAAUAAUGGAAAUGACACCAAUCGUGUAGUUGCUGUGGAAUUCGAUACGAUAAACAAUUUCGAGUACAAGGAGACAAAUGACAACCACGUCGGAAUUGAUGUUAAUGGGUUAACGUCUGAGGUGUCCCGUGGAGCUGGGUACUUUGUGGACGGUACCAGCCAAUUUACAAACCUGACACUAAUCAGCGGACGGCCAAUGCAGGUUUGGGUAGAAUACAAUAGUCUAGAUCAGAGAAUGAAUGUCACCUUGGCUCCAAUUAAUGUUCCUAAACCCAAACUCCCACUUUUGUCUCUGUCCAAGGAUCUGUCACCGAUCGUCAACGAUACAGUAUACGUCGGUUUCUCAUCGUCAACUGGUUCGUCCGCUGCAUCUCAUUGUGUUCUGGGUUGGAGUUUUAUGAUUAACAGCCAAGCAGAAGAGCUCGAUAUUUCCCAACUACCUAAGCUUCCUCACAGAGGACCGAAGCAAACAUCAAAGUUUUUAACAAUUGGAUUGCCUCUGAUUUCUCUAACUCUAGUUUUCGCAGCAGGGUCAGGGGUUAUUUAUUUCAUAAAGAGGAAGAGGAAAUUUGCAGAUGUAGCUGAAGAUUGGGAACUCGAAUACGGACCCCAAAGAUUCAAGUACAAAGAUCUGUAUGUGGCCACAAAUGGGUUCAAGGACAAACAGUUACUGGGUUCCGGUGGGUUUGGAAGGGUUUAUAGAGGAGUAUUACCCACCUCCAAAUUGGAGAUUGCGGUUAAAAUAGUCUCUCAUGAAUCAAGACAGGGGAUGAAGGAAUUCGUUGCGGAAAUUGUUAGUAUCGGUCGUCUCCGUCACCGGAAUUUGGUACAACUCCUUGGGUAUUGCCGGAGGAAAAAGGAGUUGCUCUUGGUCUAUGACUACAUGCCAAAUGGAAGUCUGGACAAGUACCUCUAUGGCCAGCCGAACGUCAACCUGAAUUGGACACACAGGUAUAAGGUCAUCAAAGGCGUAGCUUCGGGGCUAUUUUAUUUGCACGAAGAAUGGGAACAAGUUGUGAUUCAUAGAGAUGUAAAAGCCAGCAAUGUUCUCUUAGACAGUGAAUUGAACGGAAGAUUAGGAGAUUUCGGGCUGGCGAGAUUGUAUGAUCAUGGAGCGGAUCCACAGACAACACAUGUGGCGGGUACUGUGGGGUACCUAGCGCCAGAGCACACCCGAACAAGGAAGGCCGCACCCAGCACUGAUGUGUUUGCUUUCGGUGCAUUUUUGCUCGAAGUUGCCUGCGGAAGAAGGCCGAUUGAACUGAGAGCUGAAACAGAGGAUUUGAUUCUGGUUGAUCUGGUGUUUUCAUUUUGGCGAAGAGGGGAGAUUCUUGAGGUUAGAGAUCCAAAAUUAGGGACGGAUUUUGUAGCAAAGGAAGUGGAGUUGGUACUGAAGCUGGGGUUGCUCUGUUCGCAUUCAGACCCCAGAGCCAGGCCGAGCAUGCGCCAAGUGGUCCAGUACUUAGAAGGGGAUGUUCCUUUACCAGACUUAUCAGCACUAGGCCUGACUGCCGGUGGCCUAACUUUCGCCCAUCAUGAAGUUUUUGAUGACUUUGCCACGUCCUAUUUUCCCUAUCCGGAUAAGGCAUACAUGCAUUCCUCUUCAAUUGCGGAAUCCCUACUUUCAGGAGGUAGAUGAAUCUUGCAACUUUUGUAUUUUAUUUGUGUUUUGCUCUAUAUAGUUGUCUCCAGUUUUGUUAUACUGUUGUUUAGAGUCUUUAGACAAUGUAUUGAGCUUCUCCCCUUAUGAGUGUUCCUCAUUUUGCUGAGAAGGGAGUUUGAAAUUUUGAAUAAUCAAAGUAAUUUCAA